CUGACACUUACUCUCCACAGCGCCGUGCGUCGAGGAAUAGCGAAAACGUUUGCCAACGCUUGUUCACGCCGGCGGCAGCGGGAUUCAGCGGCGGGAUAUCGCACGCACGAGAUGCAAGGUCGAAGUUUUUUACAGCUCCAUGCACGCCGCAUCCACCGUUUUUCUACUUUUCUUGCAACGUGUGCGAACGUUUAUAUAAUAAAAGAUAGCCCAGUUUUGUUGUACAGCAGGAAAAUGUCGAAUACGUCUGUGAAACGAUGCGUUCACACGACGGACAGAUACGAGGUAACAUCGUAUGUUUAUUGGGGUUCAAAGUUCAUAGAUUUUUUGUAUGAUCAUGGAAAGAGCACUCGAUAAGAUUUCCUGUUAUAACGAUCUCUAUAAGACUGCCGUGAAAACGUUGUAUAAAUUACUGUCUAAUAGGGAUUAUUUAAACUCGGCAACGAAAGACAAGUCUCAAGCACGUAGUCCGCUUAAAUUCCUCGAUACGGUAAAAUAUUUAGUAAGGUCUGGUGUUACACUCGAAAGAUUAGAUUCAUUGUCAGUCAUACACGUGGCAGGUACGAAAGGGAAAGGUUCCACUUGUGCUUAUACAGAGUCUAUCUUACGUGAACAUAACUUUAAGACUGGAUUCUUUAGUUCUCCGCAUUUGGUCACUGUAAGGGAACGCAUAAGAAUAAAUGGACGUCCAAUAAGUGAGUCGCUUUUCGCUGAAUAUUUCUGGAAAGUAUACAGAAAGCUAGAGGAUGCAAAGGAACACGAAUGCGAUAUGCCUAUGUAUUUUAAAUUCCUCACGAUUCUCAUGUUCAACAUUUUCUUGGACGAGAACGUCGACGUCGCUAUAAUCGAGGUCGGGAUCGGUGGUUUAUACGACAGUACGAAUGUAGUAAGAAACCCUGUAUGCGUAGGUAUAACUAGUUUGGCACUGGAACAUACCAAUUUACUAGGCGAUACUAUCGAAGACAUAGCUUACCAGAAAUCAGGCAUUUUUAAACCCGGGACCGUCGCAUUCUCCGUUCCGCAGUCGCCGCAAGCAAUGCGCGUAUUAGAAAGACGAGCGAUCGAACUAAAAUGUAAAUUACACGUCGUUCCGCGGUUCGACGAGUAUAAAUGGGAGAAUCUUACGCCCGUUCACGAAGUGAGAAAUAUGACGAGGCAACAGAACGCGUCUUUGGCUAUUCAGAUAGCUACCGAAUGGAUAUCGUCCAACAGAAAUAAAUUUUCGACCGUAGCACGUAACGUUGUGAACGACGGUUCUUACGAUACGGUUACGAACUCUCAAGUAACUGUGUCCACGGACAAGAUCGCGAUAGGAUUAGCUGGCUGUAAAUGGCCAGGUCGGAUGCAAUACAUGAGAAGUAGCCUCGGGAAUUUUUUCUUAGACGGUGCGCACACGAUCGAAAGUAUGAAAUGUUGCAUUUCUUGGUUCACUGAUCUUAGCGGUAAAAAUGGGAGAAGACUGUUAAUCUUCAAUACGUCUGGCACCCGAGACCCGACUAUUCUAUUGUCGCUGUUAAAGCCUCUACGUUUUCACAAGGCGUAUUUCGUGCCUAACUUUGCUGGGAUUCAAAGUUUAGACGACGACAUGAAUUACGUCGCGUCGGAUGAACAAAUAGUGAAAUGCGAAGUGAACGCGAGAGUAUGGGGUACGAAUUCUGUCGUCGCGCGCGACGUUCUUCAAGUUUUCCAGUAUAUAAAAAACGGAACAGAGUCGGAGAGUAGUUACGAGAACGGUGAAAGGUAUCAGAUACUCGUCACGGGGUCGCUACAUUUGAUAGGCGCGGUCCUUGCCGUUUUAGAUCCGCAUUUGUCGAUGAAAACGCAAUACUAACGAAAGAUCGCGUGGUACGUUCGUGUAACUUACAACGAGAGCAUUUUUUAUACAAACAAUAGAAUCGUAUAUUUAGUAACUGUAAU